AGCAGUAUUGUCAUCUUCAUUUACGUUAGGAUUGUGGAUCGAGGAUUGAUCAAGGCUUCGCUUGCUCUACCUGGCUGGCUACGCGCGUUCACGUAUCUAAAAUCUCUUAGGGCUCGUAAUAAAUGAUCUUAUCAAGAGCAAAACCAGCUUCGGGGGAGGGCGCAAGGAAGUCUGUCUCUCGGAAGGAAAUCCCAACUUUGGAGCAGUUUCUCGCGCAGAGGGAUUAUACCGGUGCCCUGACCCUCCUUGAAUUCAACGACGUACCAAGUUCAAACAAAGACAGUCAGAUCUGGAUAGCAUACUGCGCUUUUCAUCUCGGCAAUUAUAAGAAAGCCGCCGAUAUUUACACGAACUUGAAGAAUGAUCAGGACGCUCAUGCGGACAUCGAUACUUACAUUGCCUGCUGCUUCUUCUAUCUUGGCAUGUAUCCGGAGUCCGAAAAGAUGCUCGCCAAUGCACCUGACAGUCAGCUUAAGACAAGAUUAUUGCUACAUUUGUCUUGCAAGUUGUCGAAAACAAAUAAAAUAAAGGAAUACGAGGAUAAGCUUCAAAAUAACGUUGAAGAUCAAUUAUGCUUAGCGUCCGUACAUUAUCUUCAAACCCAUUAUCAAGAAGCAAUAGAUAUUUACAAAAAAGUGUUGCUCAAAAAUAGGGAUUAUCUGGCCCUAAAUGUUUACGUGGCUCUCUGUUAUUAUAAAUUGGAUUACUACGACGUAGCGCAAAAGGUCCUUCAAGUUUAUUUGCAAAAGUAUCCGGACAGCGCGACUGCUAUCAACCUGAAGGCCUGCAACAUUUUCCAUUAUUACAAAAGUACCUCGGAGAUGGCAGAGAUAAAACAAUUAAUCGAUAAAGCAUCCAAUGCUAAUCACUUUAACAACGAUCUCAUUCAGCACAAUACAGUGGUAUUCAGGAAUGGCGAAGGUGCGCUACAGAUUCUCCCUGGGUUGGUGGAUGUCAUUCCCGAAGCCCGUUUGAAUCUCGUCAUUUAUUAUUUAAAGCAGAACGAGAUUCAAGAGGCGCACGAACUGAUAAAGGAGUUGGAGCCUUCGGUGGCUCAGGAGUACAUAUUAAAGGGUAUUGUAAACGCUAUCCUAGGCCAAGAACGUAACUCGCGAGAGUACAUCAAAAGUGCCCAGCAGUUCUUUCAACUUGUGGGCACUUCUGCCUCGGAGUGUGAUACGAUACCUGGAAGGCAGUGUAUGGCCUCCUUCUACUUUCUCUAUCGACAAUUUAAGGACGUACUCAUUUAUCUCAACUCCAUUAGAUCGUACUUUUCCAACGUCGAUGGCUUUAAUUUCAAUUAUGCGCAAGCGCAGGCGGCGGUUGGACAUUUCAAAGAAGCCGAAGAGGCAUUUCUCGCCAUAAGGAACGACCGCUACCGAAACGACUUUACUUACAUUAACAUUCUGGCUUACUGUCAUAUAAUGAACAAGAAAGGUCAACUAGCCUGGGAGCUUUACCUGAAAAUGGAGCCUUCGUCAGAAUCGUUCGGCUUGCUACAGCUUAUCGCCAAUUCAUGCUACGUUGUGGGUGAGUUUUGGUAUGCCGCUAAGGCCUUCGAUAUGCUCGAGCGACUGGAUCCGUCACCCGAGCACUGGGAAGGCAAACGAGGCGCUUGCUGCGGCACUUUCCAGUGCAUUGUUAUGGAAAAAUUACCAAAAGAACUAUUAUCAGAAGUUAUUAAAAUUCUCAAAAACACAAACAAUACACAAGCGGAACAGAUAAUUAGGGUGAUGCGAAAAUGGGGAAAGGAAAAUCGAGUAUCUUUUUAAAAAGUCUUGUAGUGUAGAUUAUUU